GCAUAAUUUUCAGAAUUUGGCGCGAGCUUCUUCAAGACGAGUAGGGCGUGCGCGCUGAAUGAGAGGCGUUGAGGGCCGUUUGUCGUGUUUCUGAAGACUGUCGUCAACGUUUAGUGUUUAUGGAUUGUGUGUUACUGCCUUAUGUUAACGCUGCCAAGAGGAACUGCCAAGCUUUAACCUAAACUGUACUUGGACUAGAUGUCAGUGACGUUACAAGCUAGCUAGCAAGGGUUGAGCUGUUAACAUAAGUUGUCGGGUUUCAUUUGACUGGGUCUGCCAGCCCACAGACAACGAUAGCCAACGCUAGCCAAACAUUUGUUUUGUAAAUAUCUCUGUCAGUGAUGCCAGAACAAGAUCAAGAUGAAACUUGAACGCCAGAGUUUGGAUUAACGUUGUCUGACCCUACAGGCUCACCACCCACACAGCAAAGAACUGGCUGCUGCUUUGUCAACCAACUCCACUAAGCAUAAGACGGUCUCCACAUCAUGUCUGUGACCUUGGAAACUGCAGUGUCCACGACGCCCCUUCCUCUUCCUGUCCACUUCUCUUAUGCUGAGCAAUCCUUUUCCCUCAAAAAGCGACACUUGCCUUUCUCCUCAUCCUCUACAUCCACCUCAUCUUUCCCUUCCCCUGCCCGGCUCUCACAUUCUCUGCCCCCACGCACACCAUCCAAGGGGUGCCCUCCUCUGAGCAGAGUUUUCGCCCCACAGCCGUCGCCCUGGACACCCCUCUCCAGCUCCCUCAUCAAGUCUCCCCCUCCGGCUUCUCUCUACAACCCCAACAAGCAGCAGUCUUAUUUCAGUCAAUGCUUCACUGUUUUGGGCCUGCUGGGGAGGGGAUCCUUUGGUGAGGUCUAUAAGGUGCUGAGCCACAAGGAUGGCCGGCAUUACGCAGUCAAGCGGUCUGUUCAUCGCUUCAGGAGCAACAGUGAGCGUAACCGGAGUGUGAAGGAGGCCAGGAACCAUGAGCGACUGUCUCCCCACCCUCACAUCCUGAGCUUCGUGGCCGCCUGGGAGGAGUGUGGCCGUCUUUACAUUCAGACAGAACUAUGUUGUACCAGCCUGCUGCUCCAUGCUGAGAACCAGCCUCCCAGCUCAGGUGAGCCUGCAGCGUGGGCUUACCUUUGCGACCUUCUCUCAGCGCUGCAGCAUUUGCACUCCCAUGGGUUUAUGCAUCUGGACCUCAAGCCUGCCAAUGUCUUUCUCACUCACUCCGGCCGUCUCAAACUAGGAGACUUUGGGCUGUUGCUGGAUUUCUCACAGAAGGAGACACACUCUGCACAAGGGAAAGGGAAAGAGGACCUCCAGGAGGGAGAUCCCAGAUACAUGGCCCCUGAGCUGCUCAGUGGGCAGUACGGACCAGCUGCUGAUGUUUUCAGUUUGGGUGUUUCUAUUCUGGAGCUCGCAUGCAAUAUUGAGGUUCCCAAUGGUGGUGAGGGCUGGCAGCAGCUAAGACAAGGCUGCCUUCCCUCAGAGUUUACCAACACCUUGUCUACUGAGCUGCAGACAGUGCUGCAGAUGAUGCUGGUGCCAAAGCCCUCUGAGAGAGCCACUGUCAAUGAGCUCCUUUUCCUCCCCUCUGUGAGGAGACGCAGGUGGAGGAGGCGUAUCUCACUUUUUUUCAGUGAGGCUAUGCUUUCACUGGCCUCUCUUUGCCAGUUGGUAGUGUGCACUGGGUGGAGGCUGCUCUCUCCUCUUAAUUUACCAUUCCUCCCUCGCUGGACCGACCCCGUACCCAGCACUCCUCCUAAGGACAACUGGGAGAGGGACUUAACCCUGCCCCUCAGCGUCAUGCAUGCUGACUCAAGCAGCCCAGAGGGUGAUGGGGUGUUUCUGCAAGAACCCACUGACCCAGAGCUCUCCCCCACAUUUUUACACAGGGUCAAAUCCAGGCUGUCUAAGGAGAGCACGUCCACUCCUCUCCCAGCUUCACCGACACAUAGUCGCCACAGUCCUGCCCGCACGCCCUCUCGCUCAAGUCUUGGAGAGUGGCCCUCACCUAGCUUAGCAAACACCCCCUCCAGCAUCCACCCAAACACUUCCUGCCACACACUGACACCCAGUCUGAGUCCCAUCCCCACAGAGCCUCACACAGUCAGCCCGACCAAGCGCUCCACUGACAGCCGGAUUUCUGCGUCCAGCAAGUCUUCACAGCGACGUGGCCGCAACUGGGCCCGCACGGAGGAGGCCGUGCCUCUGUCCAGCUUUGAACCAAAGAACCUGCUGAGUCUUUUUGAGGAAACGACACUGGAGGGACAGCCAUGAGGAAGAGACUGUCAGUUUAUAUUCAAGGGCAAAGUAUUCUCAUUUUAAGGCAAGGGGUAAAGAGGACCAAAGUUGUGCCUGUAUGUACCUUUCAUGGCUUAGGCUGCAUGUGUUGAAAUGUUUCUUCUUUUUCAACUUGUGUUUUGGAAAAAAAAUGGGGAAAGGUGGAAUGUUAACACUUGUAAUGAAAACUUUAAGCACUUUUAUGUUUGCGUGAAUGCAGUGGCAAUCUGAUGUUGUGGUUGCGUGUCAUGAUUUAUUGUUUAAAUAACUUAUCAUCAUCUUUGUCUGCUCUGAGUCAUGUACCUCAUGCAUCACAAAGCAAAAUAAACUGAGUAACUAUCA